AUGAUGCGACAAAAUCUGACAAGUGACUCAUUAAUUACAGACACACUCCGUAAGGCCGGUGUCCCGUGUGAUGUUGUUGGUAUUGUGGAGACUGUUGCCGGUGCAUGCCGUGCAAUCGCUGCUGGGCUUCGCAAUGACGGCGUGACGGCCGCCAAGAGUAAGAAUAACUUUGGUGAUGACGUCCUCUCCGUCGAUGUAAUGGCUGACAAAAUUAUAUCGGAGGCUCUCAACAGUUGCCAACAUGUGGCUUCUUAUGUUUCGGAAGAGUCCCCGUCAUUGGCUUCUACCGCGCAUAGCGGCAAGGCAACAUAUUCAGUUUCGUACGACCCACUGGAUGGUAGCAGCAUCAUCACCUCUAAUUUUACUGUCGGUUCUAUCUUUGCGGUGUGGCCUGGGAACACACCCAUCGGCCUUACCGUCCGUGAUAUGGCGGCAAGUGUUGUUGCUGUUUAUGGCCCGCGUGUGGUGCUUUUCGUGGGGCAGGAGGAGUUGGGAGUGGCAGAAUUCUUCUGUGGGGCGGAUGGGGAAUGGAAAUUGGCUAAGCGCGUGUGGGCGGGAGUUUGUACGCCGCGAACUGCCACCGUGACGGCAGCGGGACGUGGUGUUAAACUGAAGGCAACGGUGUUUUCCCCCGGUAACCUUCGCGCCGUCCGCCACUUACCGUGGUAUAAACAGCUGAUAACUAUGUAUAUGCAAGAAGGUGCCACAUUACGUUACACGGGUGGGAUGGUGCCGGAUGUGUGCCAAAUCAUUGUGAAGGGCGACGGCAUAUAUAUGACGCCAGCGAGUCCACAACAUAAGAUGAAGCUAAGGUUAUUGUUUGAAGCUGCACCAAUGGCGUUUCUCAUUCACUGCGCGGGCGGGCGUUCAACAACGGGGUUGACGAACAUGAUGAAUGUGCGUGUAGUGAGUAUGGAGCAAACGACGCCGAUUGCCCUUGGUUGUGCACGAGAUGUGGAGAGGUAUGAGCGCAUGUGUCGCGGGUGCAGCAAACUAUAG